AUGAGCGAUUCAGAUCUCAUGAAUGAGUGGGUGGUUGUCCACCGGGAACGCAACGCCCCAGGAAAUCAGCCUGACUCGGCUGCGGCAUCCAAGACUCCUCACAAGAGUGACCUAAGAGAGACAAAGGAGUUUCGAUACGCUUGUGCCGCAGAGAUCCAGGGCAAGAUUCGCAGCUAUAAUACGAAAUUUCGACUGACGGCAAUCAACAUAUCCGCCAUACUGUUUAUUCCCAUAUCAUGCCUGGAACAUGGGGGCUUGCUUGACCAUACUAUGAAGAACGGAUACCAGCUCAAGGUGGCUCUCGAUAAUAUCGCAAUAUUAGUUGGACACUACCUCCGCAAGUCCCACGAGGAUCUCUCAGAGUCCAAGGAAGAACCAGAAACAGCUAGACUUUGUACACAACAACAAGACGAGACUCAUGACGCUGAGGGGCGACGGCCCUUAAAGAGAAAAUUAUCUACGAGAGAGACUUCACGAAAACGACAUUCGCAUCGAAAAUAUACUGAUAAUGAAGAGGAUGACGACGCUGCUGGUAACAACGACAAUACCAAUGGAGAAACCCACGAAUCAAACCAGGUUGGCCGGAGCGGGACUGAGAAAACCAGGUGCUGCAUUCGGGAUAAGUUCCAAUGUGUCUUCACAGGUACAUCAUGCGGGGGACCAGUACACAUACUGCCCUUCGCCUGGAAUAAGGACGAGGUCAAUAAGAAACAGACCAUCUGUUCACUGAGAGGAGGUGUGGCCUUUUUCGACAUGUCCGUUCUCAGUGAAUUGAGCAGGCUUCUUGGUUUUGAUUUGGGCUGGUCCGACAAAUUUUGGAACAUGGUCUACGUCAAUGAUCAAUUAUGUUCAAAGUGGCCUUUGGCAUAUUUUGGACUAAAAUGCUUGAGCGUCAAGCCCAAACAGUCUCUGGAUUUUGAGAGCUCAGAAGAACCAGAUUUCGAAGUUGAGAUUCAGUUGAAUUGGCUUCACCGCCGGCGAGAGAAGCCAACUAAACUGAUGUACCUGGAGGAUGACGACAACGAGAUGAGGGAGAUGGCAGAAAUGCAAAUCAAACAUGAGGAUGAUGCAGCCCCCCCGCCCACGGACUUUAGCACAACUAUCAUUUCGGGACACACUGUCGCUCUAAGCAUGCCAGAAAGCGAUGCCUUGAAGUGCAGGUUGAUGUUGGACCUGCACUGGAACCUGACCUGCAUUGCAGCAAUGAGCGGCGGAGCUGAACAUCCUGACCUGCUUCCUGAGCCCGUUCUUUGGGCAGGAUACAGCGGCUUUUGA